GGGAAUGGGGAGGGGCUCCACACCCAGUCUUUCCUGUCAUGUGACCUGUACAGAGUUCAUAUCCUCCUAUAAUAAGAAUAGAAGGACUCUAAGAGAUAAAACUCCCGAAUGGCGGCGUCACGGCCGAUCACGUGUUCAGCGCGGUCCCAGCAGCAGCUCUGAGCAGACUGCUGGACCCGGUCGCCAAACCCAUGGCGGACACCUUGCGUCAACUGAGCGCGGCCAAUGUGGCGGUGGUGAACUUGGAGUAUGAUGGAGAGGUUUUACCCGUAUCGGGUUUUGGUCACCUCAUCCCAUCCUUUGAGGACGCCGCCCUGCUGGGGAUUGUGUACGACUCCCUCACCUAUCCGGAACACAACCGAAAAGGAUCGGCAUCUACCAGGCUAACGGUGAUGCUGGGCGGUGCCUGGUUCGAAAGCAGCCUGGGGGACCUGGAGUCCGUUCAUCCCGAGAAGAUUUUGAGUCUGGCGACUGCGGCGGCGGCGACUCAGCUCGGAGUGAAGGAGAAGCCGAGCCGAGCGAUCGUCAGCAUCAAUAAGAGCUGUAUUCCUCAGUAUACGCUGGGACACUGGAAACGCAUCGAAAACCUUUUCUCCUACGUUGAUGAGCACCGCCUCCCCCUCAGCCUGAUCGGAGCCUCGUAUCGGGGCGUGUCUGUGAACGAUUGUAUCUUCAACGCCAAAAAGUCGGUCCAAGGCCUGAUGGGAUGCUAACAGAGGGCGUGUCAUAGAUGGGUGGCCCCGCCCCCCUUCCCGGGUCCAGGCUGUACUGCCUAACAGGAGAACGUCCACACCAAACGACGUUCCUGGCGAUUGGAUGUCUCACCCAGCCAACGGAAAAGACAAGAACCUACCUGGGCCACCUACCUGAUGUCUACCUUCCAAUGUAACGGAUGCAAUUUAAAGCCCUCUUCAUCUCCAGUCUGAUUGUGAGAGGAAGUCCUUGUGAUGGGGAAUCUCGGCCCUCCAGAUGUUUUGGAACUACAUGUCCCAUGAUCCUCCUGCAGUGUAGAUGAGCAUC